AUGAAUUAAUAGAGAAACAAUUAAUUACCACAAAAUUCAUUUCUAAUGUUGUAAUAAUACGGGUCCAUAGAGCCUAAUCAAUUUAAAACUUUUUUUAAUACAGAUGAGCCUUGGAUGUUAAGUUAAUAUUUUCAAGAUUAAUCCUCAGAAUAAUUUUAAUAAAAUUUAGUUGCUUUUUUUAAUAAUAUCAGGCAAAUCAAAAAGAUUUAACUUACAAGUUAUCCUUCACACAUUUAUUUGAAAGCUAAAUAACUCAAUUAAAAUGACUUUUAGCUUGACAAUGAGAAAUUACAAAAUGCUGCCUCAAUACUUUAAAUACAAUUAUUUUUAAUAGAAUUAUAAUCUUUAUAUCCUAAUUAACCAAAAAAAACAAACUUUUCCUCAUAAAAUAACUAGUAAUAAGCCAUAAUUAUUAUCGAACAAUAAUCGUCUUCAUAACAUAUCUCAUACAUGUUUGGACUCUAACAAUAAAGAUAAUAAAUUUAAAGUUUCCCCUUGAAUAUGUGCUUUGUUGGAUCUAAUACUUAAGGACAAUAAUUUUCCUUUAAUUCUUAAUUUCCGAAACCUAAUCAAUAAUAACAAAGACUAAAAUCCAAUCCUUAUUUUAAUUAGUUCAAUCCUUAAAUUAAUUAAUCCAAUCAUUAACUUAAUUAACCCAAUCCUUAAUUUAAUUAACCCAAUCCUUAAUUUAAUUAACCCAAUCCUUAAUUUAAUUAACCCAAUCCUUAAUUUAAUUAACCCAAUCCUUAAUUUAAUUAACCCAAUCCUUAACUUAAUUAACCCAAUCCUUAAUUUAAUUAACCCAAUCCUUAAUUUAAUUAACCCAAUCCUUAAUUUAAUUAUAUCAAUCCUUAAAUUAAUUAUAUCAAUCCUUAAAUUAAUUAUAUCAAUCUUUAACUUAAUCCAUCGAUUCCUUAAUCACCUGAAAUAGACGUUCUAACUACUGAGUCAAUCUCAUCUAAAAUAACUUCAUAGAAAAUAUUACCUAAACAAUUACAAACGCCUAAAUAUAAUCCAAAUAAAUAAUAAAAAUGUGAAAUAUGUUAUGAAGUUUAUGAAUUGAACUCAGAACAUUAAAUAAUGUUGCCUUGUUGCAAUAAAAUUGUUCAUAAAUAAUGUAAUUUAUAAGAAUUGGCUUCAAGUUUAGAUUUAAGGUAUAAUUUGAUGUGCUUUUUUUGCAAAAAGCCUUUAGAUAUAAAUUUUUUGAAAAAUAAUAUGAGUUCGGCUGCUUUCCAAAAAAGAGCUAGAGAAUUAGUAUUGAGCAAGUACUUUGAAACAUGCUUUAAUUGCAAAGCUAAAAUUUAAGUUUUACCAGAAUAAAAGAAAAAAAUUUGUAAAAUUGAGUGUAACAAUUGUAAAAAAAGCAUUUGCUCAAAAUGUAUGAAGAUUUAUCAUGAGGAAGAAUCAAUAGUAAUAUUUUAUUAAAUUAUUAGUGUAAAGAGGUUAGAUAAGAAAUUAUUUAAUUAUUAUAAGGAUAGCCAAUUAUUGUUUGUCCAUUUUGUGAUUUAAUUCAAACUAAAGAUGAUGGAUGCAAUCAUGUAACUUGUGAUUAAUGUAGAAAUGAUCUUUGUUCUUAAUGUUCAGUAGACAGAAAACCUAUUAUAUUACAUGGAAAUCAUUUUCAUAGAAAAGGAUGUGUGGAUUUUAGAAGUAUAAAAGGAUAUGAUUAAAUGACUAAAGAAAGAAUAAGAAAUUGCGAGUUGUGUUAAAAGAAUGGUGGUUGUCAUUUUCCAAUUGAUCUUGAGACUUAUAAAAAAGAAAAAGGGUACUGA